GAGACACAGUUAAAGUCUACUGGAUCGGGGAGAAUCGGAAAUAAACAUGGCUUCAAAACAGCAGGUUUGGAGUUUAACUCAGGAACUGAUCUGUCCCAUCUGCCUGGAUUUCUACACCGAUCCGGUGUCACUGGAGUGUGAACACAUCUUCUGUCGCUCCUGUAUCACACGGUGUUGGGACGGUGCGGAGAGAAACUCCUGCCCGGAAUGUAGUGAGGUGUUUGCGGACCGCACCCUCAAGGUCAACCGGGCCUUAGCAAGACUGGCAGAGAGAGCUCGAAAACUAAACCCGAAUCCGAGAGAGGAGAGUAAAUUUAACUGCGAGGAACAUGAGGAAGAACUGAAGCUGUUCUGUACGACCGACAAGAAACUGAUCUGUGUGAUCUGUGCGACUGCACGGGAGCACAGGGAGCACCGCUUCCUGCCGAUUAAAGAAGCUGUCGAGGUCUACAAGGCUCAGGUGAAAUCUUCCGUAACAUCGCUCAGAAAACGCAUAUCAGAGAUCCUGGAACAUGCACUGCGUCAAAAACAGAAGAUGUCUGGACUUAAGGAAAAGUCAUACAUUCUGCAGUCACACUUCAGAACUGAAUUCUCUAAAAUGCACCAGAUUCUCGUUGAGAAAGAGCAGCACUUACUUAGAGAACUCAGGGAAGAAGAGAAGAGGCUUCUAAACCGAAUGGAGGAAAAUCUUCGAGCGAUUCAAGAAGACUUAAUUUCUGCACAGCGGAAACUCUCAAGCUAUCAGAAAAGGUUGGAUCAAGAAGGCGCCGUGGUAUUUCUCCAGGAGGAAGUGAUUCAGAAUGAAAGGAUCAGUAACAAAGAAUAUAAAUUUGAUGCAGAAGAUGAAAUGUUUGAGGUUGGAAAAUUCGAUCACCCCUUGAUGAUUAAAGCAGCUUUGAGAGAAAUGCUUGAUGCCAUUAAGCCAGUCCCUGUCACCCUGGAUGAGGAAACGGCGCAUCCGGCGCUCGAGGUGUCUGAGGAUCGGAAGAGCGUGAGAUGGACCGGGGCCCGGAGGAAUCUCCCUGACACCGGGAAGAGGUUCACAAUCUGGCCUUGUGUGCUGGGAUCGGAGGGAUUCACAUCGGGGAGACAUUACUGGGAGGUGGAGGUGGAGGGGAAUUGGGGCUGGAGUCUGGGAGUCGCCGCCGAGUUUGUGGAGAGGAAGGCAGGUGUCGGGCAGAGACCGGAGACUGGGGUUUGGGUCAUCGAGCGGUCGGGUGACGAGUUUUAUGCAAACACCAGCCAUCCAUCCCUUCUCGCUUCUGAUCCAGCCCCCGGGAGGGUGGGAGUUUAUCUUAAUUACGAGUUCGGAACAGUUUCAUUUUUCAACGCGGAAACCAAGUCCCACCUGUACACCUUCGCCGUGGAUAAUUUCAUGGGGAAACUUUAUCCUUUCAUUGGGACUUGGGAUGAAAACCAGUCGUUGAGAAUCUGUUGCGACUUUGCUCUUGAUCUACCCAAUUGUCAGGCCCGGAGAGCGGCAGCAGGAGCGGGGGCCAGGUCCGGCAGGAGAAGCGUUCCUCAUCACUGGCGGAUUCAGAGACCUAAACUCCGAUGCAUUCUGAAUCCGGACGUGUUGGUAAUCAACAUGGCUUCGAUACAGCUGCUUAGCUUAACCGAAGAAAUAACUUGUCCCAUCUGCCUGGAUUUCUUCACCGACCCGGUUAUGCUGGAGUGUGGACACAACUUCUGCCGUUCCUGCAUCACACGGUGUUGGGAAAGGGAGGAGAGAAACUCCUGCUCGGAAUGUAGAGAGGAGUUUGAAGACCGCACCCUCAGGGUCAAUCGGGCCUUGGCAAAACUGUCUGAGAAAGCUCGAAAACGAAACCUGAACCCGAAAGAGAAGGGAAGUAAACUUCACUGCGAGGAACACGAGGAAGAACUGAAGCUGUUUUGUGAGACGGACAAGACUCUGAUCUGUCUGAUCUGUAGAGAUGCACCGGAACACAAAGAGCACAGCUUCCUGCCGAUUAAAGAAACUGUGAAGGUGUACAAGGCUCAUAUCGAAUCUUCUAUACAAUCGCUCGCAAAAAGGACGUCAGUAAUCCAAGAAAUGGAGCAACGUCAGAAGCAGAAGAUCUCUGGACUUAGGGAACAGUCACAUAUUCUGCAUUUCCACAUCACAUCUGAGUUUGCUAAAAUGCACCAGAUUCUCGCAGAGAAAGAGCAGCGCAUACUUAGAGAUCUCAGGGAUGAAGAGGAGAGGAUUCUAAACAGAAUGGAGAAAAAUCUUCGAGAGAUCCAGGAGGAUUUAAAUUCCAUACAGCUGGAAGUCUCAAAGUUACAGAAACGAUUGGAGCAAGAAGGUGUAAUAUUUCUGAAGGAGGAAGCUUGUCGGAAGACGAGGAUUAGUGAGAAAUGUACAUCAUCAUUGGUAGCCGAUGUGCUGCAGAUCUCAAAAUUUGACCAUCCGUUUUUGCUUCACGCAGCAUUGAGAGAAAUGCUUGACGCCAUUAAGCAAGACUCUGUGACGCUGGAUGUGGAAACAUUGGGUCCAAGGCUCGAGGUGUCUGAGGAUCAGACGAGCGUGAGGUGGACCCAGAAUUGCAUCAGUCCUCUUGACACUGGGAAGAGGUUCAUAAUCUGGCCCUGCGCUCUGGGAUCGGAGGGAUUUACAGCUGGGAGACAUUACUGGGAGGUGGAACUGGGGGAGAAUUGGGGUUGGUGUCUGGGAGUCGCCGCAGAGUCCGUGGAGAGGAAGAGAGAGGUCAAAAUGACAACUGCGAAUGGCGUCUGGGCUAUUGAGCGGGUUGGUGAUGAGUUUCAUGCAAACACAUCUCCUCCAUCCCUUCUCCCAGUUGAUCCAUCCCUUGGGAGGCUGGGAGUUUAUCUCAGCAUCGAGUCAGGGAUAAUUUCCUUUUAUAAUGCGGAGACCAAGUCCCAUCUCUACACUUUCACUGGGAAUAAAUUCACAGAGAAACAUUUUCCUUUCUUCUGGACUUGGGAUGAAAACCAGUGGCUGAGAAUCUACUCUGGUUCUGCUCCUGAUCUCAGCAUUGUACAAGCCUAGCGAGCUUGAAACUAAAACCAGUCAAAGAAAGGAAAUGUAGAAAACAAUUUAGAACUGUCAAUCCAUUAACUUUCACACAUUCAUAGCAUCUGUCAAUGGGAAAUAUUCUUCUGUGAAAAUAUAAAGACUGAGGUAAUCAUUUUGUAUUUCAAAAUUCAAUUUUAUUGGUAAAAAGUUCACAUAUAGGCAAGAAAUAUAAAUCCAAAUCAAAAACAGUGUAUUUUUUUUACAUUUGUCACAUGGUUGAGUGUAUAAUUUGCAGUGUUAUCGGUCCUCUUCAGCCCAACUAGCCCUUGACGCCACACUACACCCAUCUGACCAAUUAAUCUGUCUUUGGACUGUGGGAGGAAACUGGAGCACCCGGAGGAAACCCACGCGGUCACAGGGAGAACAUAUAUACUCCUUAUGGGAAUUCAAACCAGGCUGCUGGUACUGUGCCACUCCAAAUGUGCAUAUUUCUUUGUAUUCAAAAUAAACUUUAUUCAGAAUAAAAAUAUUUAAGACAAUAAACCAUGCAACGCCCUUCAUUCUUAAAUUCCUAGUGUGUUACAACCAGGGGUUGUUUUCAGUUAAGUAUGUGUAUUGUACAGUAUAUUCUCAGUGUCACCUCAUGGGUAUGCUGUGUUUACCUUUUGUGUCUAAUUGUUUGCCUUUGGACUGGUUCUGCUUCUUCACUUUGUCUUGCAGGUUUGAGUAUCCUAUGGACUUGAACCCAAAGCUCUCUCUGACCUCCACACUGCCAAUAGUCCUAACAUUAAUAUUAUACUCUGUCUUCAAAUUUGACCUUCUGAAAUUAACCACUUCACACUUACCUCAGUUGAACUCCAUCUGCCACUUCUCAGCCCAGUUCUGCAUAUUAUCAAUAUCCCGCUGUAACCUCUGACAACCCUUCACACUAUCCACAACAUCCCCAACCUUUGUGUCAUCAGCAAACUUACUGAUCCACCCCUCUACUUCUUCAUCCAGGUCAUUUAUAAAAAUCACAAAGAGGAGGGGUCCCACAGCACGUCACUGUUGAACACCACUUGUCACAAACCUCUAUGCAGAAUAUGUACCAUCUACAACCACCAUUUGCCUUCUGUGGGCAAGUCAAUUCUGAAUCCACUAUGCAAGGUCUCCUUGGAUUCCAUGCCUCCUGUCUUUCUGAAGGAGCCUUGCAUGGGGGCAGCUUAUCAAAUGCCUUGCUGAAACCAAUCUAGGAAGUCCAAGGCCACUACUCCUUGCAUUUGUGGUGGAACAAUUAUUGGAUAAUAGCCAAUAGGCUACUGUGGUGCCCCUGGAGGACAGAUGGAAGCAAGAUGCAGAGGUUUGUGGGGGCUGGUGGGAGGGUGGUCGGGGGGGGCACAAUAAUGGCUGGAGUCAGAGGGUCAAAUGUGCAACAGUGGGAAAGAUGGUGGGAGGAGUUGAGGGCUAUCUGGAAAUGGAAUAGACAUCAUUGAUACAAUUGUUUCUCCGCCAUGGCAGAGUCUGACCAGUUGUUCUUCCAGUUUGCAUUGGACCAGUAAUGAGAAUGUGGAACUCACUUCCUGAAACUUGUUCUUCGACCAGCUCAGAGAGAUAUCUACAUUCAAUGUCGACUUUAUUAAAUACACCCGUACACCUGCUCGUUAAUGUAAAUAUCUAAUCCGCCAAUCAUGUGGCAGCAAGUCAAUACAUAAAAGCUUGCAGACAUGGUCAAAAGGUUCAGUUACUGUUCAGACCAAACAUCAGAAUGGGGAGAAGAUGUGAUCUAUGCGACUAUAACGAUGUUUGAUUGUUCGUGCAAGACAGGGUGGUUUGAGUAUCUCAGAGACUGCUGAUUUCCUAGGAUUUUCAUACACAAUAGACAAUAGACAAUAGGUGCAGAAGUAGACCAUUCGGCCCUUUGAGCCUGCACCGCCAUUCUGCGAUCAUGGCUGAUCAUCUACUAUCAAUACCUGGUUCCUGACUUGUCCCCAUAUCCCUUGAUUCCCCUGUCCAUAAGAUGCCUAUCUAGCUCCUUCUUGAAAGCAUCCAGAGAAUUGGCCUUCACUGCAGUGCAUUCCAGACCCCCACAACUCUCUGGGAGAAGAAGUUUUUCCUUAACUCUGUCCUAAAUGACCUACCCCUUAUUCUCAAACCAUGCCCUCUGGUACUGGACUCUCCCAGCAUCUGGGACAUAUGUCUUGUCCAAUCCCUUAAUAAUCUUGUAUGUUGCAAUCAGAUCCCCUCGCAAUCUCCUUAAUUCCAGCAUGUACAUGCCCAGUCUCUCUAACCUCUCUGCGUAAGACAGUCCUGACAUCCCAAGAAUUAAC